GUUCGCGACAUCAUCGUCAUUGUUCACCUGGUAUGUUGUUUAUUGCUAGGAUUCUUUGCCGUUUUCGGUCCAAAGCUUGGCAUGUGAACUAUGAUACAAGCAAGGUUCUCAUGGGGGUAUUUCGGUGCCAUCGUACCGGCUGUCUUCAAUAUUUUCUCCUUGGAAGGCUUCCUCAUUUUGAACUGCAUCAUGGGUGAACAAACGCUUGCAAGCCUGUCUUCUUGUCUCGAUGAAACCCUUGGUAUCGCCAUCCUUGAUAUCAUAUCCCUUGUAAAUUCUGACCGAAUGUCGACCCAUAGGUACGAAAGUGUCGCCUGGAUCCCGAAUGUGAUUGCAUUUAUCGCCAUGUUGGCUAUAGGUUAUCCGCAACUACGCGAAAACCUAUCAGCUCCCGUCCCUCCGGCAACACCUGCUAACAUCAUCUCUUUUGCAUCGUUUCUUGCAUCUAACAUUAUUGGCUGGUGUCCCGUAAUACCUGACUAUGGCGUAUACCAUAGCCCUGAUGCUUCGUCGUGA